AUGGCUGCUUCUUCAUGGGUUACAACCCCAACGGGGCCUCAAGUGUUCAUCAAUUUCCGCGGAGAUGAUGUGCGUAACAACUUCGUAAGCUUUCUAGCCCCUGCCUUGAGAAGUGCGAACAUAAAUGUCUUCACAGACGACGAUUUGCCAUUAGGCACAGACCUAGCCUACUUGUUGACGGAGAUAGUACAGUCCGAGAUCGCACUAGUAAUCUUUUCAAAGAAUUACGCCGAUUCAGCUUGGUGCUUGGACGAGCUGGCCAAGAUAAAGGAACGCAAGGAUCAAGGUCGUCUCAUAGCGAUUCCCAUAUUCUACAAUCUGGAUACUUCCGUCGUGAAACAACUUAGAUUAGAGUUUGGCGAUAGCUUCAGGGAUCUUAAGCUUAAGCAUCUACAUCAGCCAAAAAGAACUCAGGAAUGGGAGGAAGCUUUAGUGUCUAUUCCUGAUAUAAAAGGCAUGCCCCGGUCAGAACAAAGUGACAGGACUGAUCACGAAUUCAUAAGCUUGUUAGUCGUCAAGAUUAAAAAAUUGCUCGCAGAUAUGGCCAUGAGAGGAAACAGAGCAACAGGACCGAAUCGUCAAGAAGCUGCCAUGGUCCCUACAAGACAGCUAGAAAGAGUAGUGAAUCGUCAAGGAGGGUCCAUGGUCCCUGCAAGGCUACUAACAAUCACUCAUUCCGAGGACUCUAAAAAAUGGGUCUGGAGUUCUAUUAGCGAGGCGCCAGACUAUGCCUCUAUUGAAGUUGUGACGAUGAUCAAAAUUUACUGGCUAAAGAUGUUCGGAAGUUUGGAGACGGGGGAUCUAAUACCAGAAACAAAGUACGAGGUGGUGUUUGUAGCAAAGUUAGAAGAUGAUGCGGCUGGAUGGGAGCAACCAGUCACGCUAAAGCUUAAGGUGGAACUAGAAGGUGGGAGCGAAAAACGGAAAGAUCGAACAUCGGACUUAAGGCACUACAUAGGCCAUGGUUGGGUCGAUAUUCUAGCUGGAGCUUUCGUGACGCCUCCAAAAAACUCAUGGGGAAAGAUAACAUUCACCAUGUAUCAGCAUGUAGAUACUGACAAGAAAUUUGGCCUCGUCGUUAAAGGUGUUGCGAUUCGUCCCACAAACUAA